UUCGCGGGGCGGCGAGCAGGCGGCCGAGGCAGCGGCGGCGGCCCUUGAAGCCGGGCAGGAUGUGGCAGCCACGGAGGCCGCCCCAGGAAAUGGCCACCGAGCCCCCGCGCCGCGCGAGGAGCGCCGAGGCCGAGCGGCUUCCCCGGGGCGUCCAGCUCGACGAGCCGCCCAGCCCCGCCGCCUCGGCGGAAGAGGCAGAAGAGGAUGGAGGGAAGGUGCCGCUCUUCAACGGCUGCGUGCCGCUCUCCCAUCAGGUGGCCGGGCACAUGUACGGCAAGGAUAAGGGCGGAAUACUGCAACAUCCAGAUGGUACUGUCUUGAAACAAUUGCAGCCACCACCUCGAGGGCCCAGAGAACUAGAAUUCUACAACAAGGUGUAUGCUGCCGACUGUGAAGAUCCUGUGUUUCUAGAAUUGCGAAAAUAUUUGCCAAAAUAUUAUGGGACCUGGUCACCACCUACUGCUCCCAAUGAUUUGUACCUGAAACUGGAAGAUGUGACCCAUAGAUUUAAAAAGCCAUGUAUAAUGGAUGUAAAAAUAGGCCAGAAAAGCUAUGAUCCAUAUGCCUCAGCUGAGAAAAUUAAACAGCAGGUCAGCAAGUACCCACUAAUGGAGGAGAUUGGGUUCUUGGUGCUUGGCAUGAGGGUUUAUCACAUUCAUUCUGACAGCUAUGAGACGCAAAAUCAGCACUAUGGAAGAGGCUUAACGAAAGACACCAUAAAAGAUGGCAUGACUCGAUUUUUCCAUAAUGGAUACUACCUGAGGAAAGAUGCUAUUGUUGCCAGUAUUCGGAAGAUUAAAGAAAUCUUGCAGUGGUUUGAGAGCCAGAAGCAUCUUAACUUUUAUGCAAGUUCCUUACUGUUUGUCUAUGAUGGCUCUUCUCAGAUGACGACAGCGUGGUUAAAUGAUGGUACUUUGGUUGAGAAGAGAAGAGUGUCCAGGGCCCAGGGACCAGGUGAUAAUACAUUGGAGUAUAAUAACAACAUUCGUGUAAUCAGUUCUCCAGAAAAUGGCAAACUAGAAUCCUCUGUAAGCAGAGGUUUGUCUAAAAUGUAUGCACUUCACAAAAGGCACCAGAGUCAAAUUUCACUAAAAGUUGAAACUGUGGAACAAGACAACAUAUGGAAGAGCAGUGCUUGUUUUUCACAAGAACAUCUGAAUGGAAAUGUUAUACCUCAGUUGGAAAAAGUUUUCUGCCACAGGUCCACUGUGGUGCCUGAAAACAUAGAGGUGGAAGUCCGGAUGAUAGAUUUUGCACAUGUGUUCCCCAGCAACACAGGAGAUGAGGGCUACAUUCAUGGGCUGAAGAACUUACUUACUGUCCUUCAGAAUAUUUUAGAUACCUGAAUUCUUUGUUAUGAUUUCUACUGGGGCCAAUUAUAAAGAAAAGCAACAACAUUUCUGCACUUGUGAUCCUGUUAUAUGUUGGUUUGUAUUGUUCCCUGUUUUACUUGUCUUUGUACUUUUGGUAGAAUGAACAAAUAUUUUAUAACCUUACUCAGGAAAAUUAUUUGUAGUGUUUAGUAAAAUAAGGGAAGAGCUAAUGAGGUUUAACUGGUAGUUGUAAAGACAUUUAACAAAUGAAGCUUAGAUUUAAAUGGGAAGAGAAUUUUAAUCUGAUAAAAUGAUUAAGCUUGUUCAUACCCUUAAAUGUUUAGCUUAAUCAAAGUCUGUCUGUACAGCCAGAAUACUGAGCCAUAUCUCUAAAUAACGGGUUAUUAGAAGAAUCCUGUAGAAUUGUCCUUGGGUAUAUGCUACAUCUUUAAAACUGGAAUAACCCUAUCUAAGGGAUAAAAACUUUUUAAAAAAUCUGUAUUCUAACUGAACCAGCAUUUUUAGGGAGAUGUGAUCAUACUGCUGCAUUCUUAAAUCUGGCUUGGGGCUCUCAUCUUUACCGGGCUAGACUCAUAGAUAAACUUUUGAAGUAUAAUUCCCAUGUAGGUGCUGUCAAAACAAUGCUUUUCAAAAAUUGUGUAUUAGAAUUUGUUGGUCAUAUAAACAUCUUAAGAGACAUACUGAGUUGUAUGUUAAAAUGCCUGUUUUUCAGAGGUCCUAUCUUGUCUGUACUAGAAAAUAGCUAGUCUUAUAGAGACUAGUUUGUAUUAGAACAAGACCUAGUCUUCUUCAUAUAAUCAGCUGGAGGAAUAGGAAUUGAAGGGAACACCUGAAGUCCUUCAAAUAUGGCAGGGUUUAGUUCAUUCUUUAUCAUGGGCAAUUCAUUGUAUAGUGAAUAAAUGGAAAUAUGUUGCAUUAACAAGCAUUUCUUUGGUGGGAGGUCCCCUAUAGCAUGAGCAGGAUGGAGUGGCACUCAUGUAAGCAACCUCCCCCUCCCACCACUGCAGCCUGCAGUGUCGCCCAAAAUCAUGCAUUCGGGGCUUGGUGGAUCAUUGAGAACAACAUGGGGUUCUUGAGCGGAACUUGUGCCUCUGUGACUUUAAGAGGAUGUAACUGGAAAAAAUACCUAAAGACUUGUCUGGUCUCCAGCUGAAGAUAGUGUUUCCACUUAUUCAGUGUAAAUACAUUGCCUAUGUCAAAGAAUCACAGUGGCUACCAGUAAGUAGCUUAAAAAUGUCUAAGUUUUAUAUGGCCAGAAUUACACCUGGAUAAACAUUGGUCUGUCACAAGAAAACCUGGGUUAAUUUUCUGGAGACACAUGCAUGUACAUAAACUUAGAGGGUAAAGGCAAUAAGGAGAGUGGGUAAGUAGAAUGGUUAUUUAUAGAAUGACCAUCAGUACCGGUGCUUACCACUGGGUAGGGGCAUGUUUGCAGAAUGUGCAUUGUACAGAAUUUUUCUCUAUGUGGUUUGGCUGUGGGAAAGUCUCUGUGACCAAAAAGACUCUUUAGUUGAUGUGUCAGUUUGCUUGAGUUCAGAUCUGUAACAAGACUAGGAAACGAUGUGUUUUCAUGUGGCAGAUGAGCAGGCAAAAAUUAAUAGAGCAACUAGGCUAGAACAGCUGUAAGAGAAUUACUUAAACACUUCCUCUCCUCUUGCCUUCUUUUGUUCUUUAGAUAACUUAGAAUGAAACCUUCUGGAAUUCUGGGCUUAAUGUCAACAUUGCGUUAGGCCUGAAUCCUUGGAAAAGGUCUUGCAUUGAUAGGACAAAUAGCAUAGCAAGGAAUUGUAUUUACAGACUUAUUUGAUGAUAAGGUUCACUAAAGUAUGGAUUGGAUUAUAAUAAAUUGGAAGUAACAAAAUACAGCAAACAGAUAUUGAUCAGUACUUUGGAAAUAGUAUUCAUACAGAAACAUGAGAUAGAGAUUCAUUUUUAAUACAGGUUUAAAGAGAGCCUUAACAGUGUAAACAAAAGAAGCUUGAGAUUCAAAUUGUAACUUUUGAGAGUAAUGAGGUAUAUUCAGUAUUCUGUGAAAUAAUUUAAGCCAUAUUCCAAAACAUUGUUGUGCUUUGUCUUAUCAGUUUCCUUAACGGUAGCUUACUCGAGUAGUCAGCAUUCUCACUGGCAGGUUCUUUUAACAUAGCAUAUUUUUAUAUGAGAAAGCUGUUAUGUCUAGUGUAGGUAGGUGGUAUUUUUUGUGUUGUGCCAGUGGAAAUCCUGCGGAGUUGGCAGAGUAUUAACCUCUGUGCUCUAUUAUACGAGUGUUCUGUAGUGGUUUGCUGUGUUCCUUACAAUAUUAACUGCAACUACAACAUUGUCAGAUCGCCUCAUAGAAAAUAAUCCCAGCUAAUUUUCAGCUCCCAUACCUGAAUUGGUUAAAAAGUUUAUUGAAUUUGAAAGACAGUAUGUUUUAAAUUGGAAGAUGGGUAAAGCUUAAAUGUUUAUAGUAGUAAAUCACGUUUGACUUAUGAAAACAAACAGUACACUCUAAAUUUUGCACAUACUGGUAUCUAAAGUAAUGUUUUGAAACUAAUCUUUUUGUGACUUUCACUGGUGAGUAAAAAAUACAAUAAAUACUCUAAAUGGGAUAGUAUCAUAGCUGGCUUUAUCAUACUCUCCAUUCUCAUAAUCUAUGAGCUGAUUCCAUCACAAUAUUCCCUGCUCAAGGGAUCGCUUUUAAGAAUGAUAUCCUGCUAGUAUAAGCUGAAAUACAGAAUUGUGGAAGUGGUCUUUAUAUUUCAAAGAGAUGGCCUAAUCCUGCUGUUUUUUGUGCAGUGUACAUAGGGAUAUCUGGCAUGUGUAAAUUUUUCCUUUUAAUUUGCGGAGCAUUCAGGUCCGGUCUUUGUUUAGCCAAGAUGGAACUGCUUGUUUUUUAUGAUGAUGUGAAUAUGGAAACUUGUAUAUAUGAGAGCUUGGUGUACGCAUCAGAGCACCCACUGAGUUUGGGAUUAGAGCCCCUGCAUAGAUUAAGGAAUAUUUCAGUAUAUGUUAAUCUCAAACUGUUGUCAAACUAAUGUGGAUCUGUUUGAAAAGGAAAUAUGACUGAAUUAAGCACCAUGAAGAUUCGAAAGUAAAUGGCAUUGACUAUGUCAAGGCAGCUCUUGCCACAAGGGCAGGUUCUUAAAAAUAAUUGCUUUUACUGUGUUUAUGAAAAUGUUUCUUUUAAAAUAUGUUAUAUAGAAAAUUGUGUACAGACCUACCUGAUAAGGAUUUAAAUUGUAUAAUUUUUAUAACAAAACAUUUUCAUUCUUGGUAUUUUUGGAUAACGGUGGUUCCUGUUGCAUAGAUUCAAAAGAAAUUUAAAGUAAUGGUAUUAUGAAAUGUUUAAAUAUUUUGAUUAACUAGUUUUACAAAAACUAUGAAACUGUAUAGUGGUGUUUCACAUGGAGGCUGUAUUUUCAAACAAAUUAUUUUUCUCUGUUGUACAGUAAAACUGUAUUUUUGCCUAUACCAUAUAUUACAUCCUGUUCCCUUUGAGAUGCUUAAAUUGUAGGAGGGAGAUUUUCCUAUUACAUGGAUCAAAUGAACAGUUUGGAUAACAAGCCCGAUCCUUUGCAUGUUAACCUAGAAGUAAGUGUCACUGAGUCAAUUGGACUUGCUCCCUAGAAAAUAUGCAUAGAAUUCCUGCUAGAGUCUAUGACCACAAAACUCAGUAAGGGUUACACAGGAAAGUGAGUGGUUUGCUACUUUAGAUGCAAAAUGCAGCACAUAUUUUAAAUGAGAAAUGAACUUCUCAAGUACUAAUUUAUGAAGAAAGAGGAGGAUGCAGCCACUGUAGAUUUUGUAGAGCCUAAUCAUUUAAGUUGGGUCAUGCUAUGUAACCCUUUGGAAAUGACCCUUUGAAGAACUACAGCUACUUCACAUGAACAUCUUUCUACCCAUGUUAGCUAUUUUAAAUUAUUAUAGUUUACACUGUUUGCAAUAACCGUCCCUGCUGAGUGCCUUCUGCUUCAGGUUUGGUACCUUUUCAGUGACCUCGUGUAGCAUCUAAGGUGAUGUAAUUGGAAUGCUUUAAAAGUUUAACUACACUGAUGUUCCACAGUUAUUAGAGAGUAUUAUCUGAAUUGUUUAUAAUCUAUUUACCAGUUCACAGAGAAACUGCUGUGAUCAAAUAUAGAAUUUCCCCAACCCCACCCCAUUUACCAACCAAGAAGCCAACAAAAGUGUGGAGGUCCAGCUUUCAUAGCACCAUUGUCAAGGACAGAACACCUAAAAUAAUGGGGGCUGGAGCCUUGGCUCACUCUUCCAGGACCUUCUCAAGUGGCACUUCUGCAAAAUUACUGCUAUCCAGGAACAUGCAAUCUUCUUACAAAAUCUGAGGGUUUCAUAUAUGAUGAUGACCACGAAAAUACAUGCUUACAAAACAAGCAGUGAUCUUGAAUAGCUGAAUAGAGGGAUUCAGCAAUUCAUGCCCCGUCUGUGCGGCUGCAGCUGGGAGAGUUGGUUGUGGACCAGUACUUAGAUUGUAUGAAACCAACUAUAUGUGAAUCCUUGACAAUGCAUGGAGAACAAUUUGAUUACUCAGAAAUUUGCUGUGGGGAGGCUAAAGUAGAUAGCACUAAAUCAGUUGUACUCCACACAGAUUGCAAGUAAUUCUUGCACAUCAUCCAUCCAGAAGCCUUACAUUCAUCUUUGUUGCUUGUUUUGUACCUUCCGCUCAUGCUGAUAAGCUGUUGAGUUGAAGUAUAGAAUGGUGAGCCAUUCAACUGUGAAAUAUUAUUCCACUACAUAUCGAUGAGCUAAAUACUGCACAUUUGUAAUUGUGGAUGACAGUUUUGUUAACUGAAGAGUUAGUGCACAUUUAAAACUUUCAUACUAUGAAUAUUUCUACCAAUCUAAUGUUGACAACAGAUCUGAGAAAUUUUUCAUGUAGGAUUAUGAAAUGUUGUUUUACCGUAUUUUCCAAACCACCGCACCUAUUUUUAUUUGUGUUGGAGAUUAAUCUUUAUAUAAAAUCCAGCAACAGGACAGAGUGCAGCUGUGGUCUUGGGAGCAAAAUGUACAUUUUCCACACAUUGUCUGAAUCGUCUCAAUAUGCUUUGAAAAAAUUAUAUGUAUAAAUGUUGGCACUGGAUAUAAAACAUCUAAACUGGCUGAACUGACUUUGAAUUAAAAUGUCCAAAUAUGAUAUUGCACACCUGAACAUGAAUGAAACCAGAGUGCACAUAAGCACUUUAAUGCUCUGGGAACUGUACUGGAAAAUAAAUGGAUGCAUGUGAAAUUGCACCUAAAGCUCUGUUAACUGGGGGAGGGAGGGGAAUUCUGUAACUUAAAUGUUUUAUAUCUGAAUGAAUGAAUGUACUUAGUCUGGUUUUAUUUUCUGUGACUUGGAGGUCAAAAUUGUGUUGGCACAAUAUCCUUUGAUUUUUGUGUGUGUUAUCUGUAAAUGAUAUGGAGGGGGGGCUUGUUGGACUGCAGAGAUAUGUCAGUUGUUUUAUAGUAUAAAGAUCUAUUAUGCUAUAUACCAAUUCUUUUGUAAUUUAUGUGAUAUUUAGGUAACUCUAAUAGCUGUAUAUUUGGCUGACUAUUAAAUUUUCUUUUAAGUUAC